AUGGCGGAAAAUCGAGGAAGAUUGAUGGUCCAAACGCGCUACAGUGAGAGUGAGAGUGAGAGUGAGUGUCAGAAGAACAAGAGGAGACCUUAUUUUCUAUACGACGUUGAUGAGCAGCUUGUUCCAAAGGUUGAGAUGACUUUUAACACGCUUGAAAAUGCUAUAAAAUUCUAUAAAGAUUAUUCGAAAAUUAAUGAAAGUGAAGAAUCAGAAUUUUUUUUCGAGCUUGAAUUUGAGGUUGAUCAAUCGAUUAAGAUUGCUUUUUGGGCCAACACAAGAAGCAGGGCUGCCUAUGAGUAUUUUGGAGAUGUUAUUUCAUUCGAUAUUAUUUACAAUACAAACAGGUAUAAUUUGGUUUUUGGAAAUGUUCCGAAAGGCAUUCUUAUCGAUCAAUGUGUAUCGAUCCAAAGGGCUAUUGAGGCUUGUAUGCCCACAAUAAUUCAAUGGUGGUGUAUUUGCCAUAUCAUGAAGAAGAUCCCAAGUAAAUUAAAUGGCUACAAACGACACAAAAAAAAUGAACACGAGAUGAGUCAUGUUGUUCGAAACUCUCUUACAAAAGAAUCAUUUGAUAGGAAUUGGAAUGAUUUUCUGAUGAAGUAUGGUCUUGGGGACAACAAAUGGCUUUCAGGAAGUAGAGAGCAAAGAGAAAGAGAAUUGGAUGCUGCAAAUUUUCAUACCGUCAUACCGUGUGCAACAAAAUCCUCAAUAGAAGCUCAGUUUCAAUAUGUGUAUACUCUUGAGAAGUUCAGAAAAGUCCAAGCACAAUUCAGAGGAAAGGUGAAUUGCAUCACAAUAUCAACGCACUCCGCUCUAGGCUAUACGGUAUAUGAAGUUGUAGAACAGGUUUCUAACUCAACAUUUAACAAGUUUGCGGUUACAUACGAUAGGAUAUCAGCUGAAGUUAAAUGUCAGUGCUUAUUAUUCGAGUCAAGAGGGAUAUUGUGCCGUCAUUCUCUGAGCGUCCUAAGCUUUGAGCGAGUGAAUAAAGUGUCACCAAGAUAUAUAUUAGAACGAUGGAGCAAGAAUGUAAAGAGGAGGCACAUACAUAUCAAGAGCGGCCACGAUGAGUUUUUGUUGGAGCCAAUAAGCAAGAGAUUUGACAAUUUGGUGUUUCGGUCACAAAAUAUCUGUAAAUUUGCAUCAGAAUUUGAGAAGUUGACUGCGAUUCUGCACCGCGCUUACGAUAAUGUUAUGGUUGAGAUGCAAGAAUACAAAGCCAAAAGAAAAAAAAAUGUUCGUUAUCUCACGAAGAUGCUUCCUUCGAAGAUAUUAACGAGCUUCAAAGCCUCCACACGUGAGAACAAGAGGAUGUCCUAA